AUGAAAAAUACAAAGCAAUGCUACCCUCCUCGUGCAGUCGCCGUUGCUCAACGACCAGUGUCUGAUGCCACUGACUUCUACGACACCGAAUUUGAGAUGAGUGAUUCAGAGGAUGACGACGAAGAUGAAUCGCCCCGUAUGAGCAUGGACUCGUUUGGUUAUGAUAGCAACUCGUCUCUUUCUACAGUAGAUCCACCCACGCCCGACAAUCUCUCCGAAAGGGCCUAUGACUCCAAGGAUAACAGUUUGGUUCGAGGCCCGUCGGGCCCUCACCUCUUUCGUGCGUCGCUGAGCUCGGCUGGUUCGGCCCCAACGACAGAAGUCGAUCUCUACUUCGAGCGGUCCCCGGUGAACUCUCAAUUCCCUUCAACUUCUACGGCUUCCCAAUUUCCAUCAUCAACAGCGUCCGGCUUUCCUUCGUCGAUGGCCUCUGGGUUUCCCUCAUCGACGGCCUCUGGGUUUCCUUCAUCAACAGCUUCUAAGUUUCCUUUAUCUACGGCUUCUGGGCUGCCUUCAUCUACAGCUUCCCAAUUCCCAUCAACUGCCACAGGCUCGCAGUUCACAGAAACCCCAAGCCGCUUGACCUUCUCGCAAUACGGACCCAAGCCUUCUACGAUGCACCCAGAUGUUUCCCAUGUCGAGGAAGAGGAGAUCCGGAACUGGAACCCCAGCCAGGUCGCUUACUGGCUGUACAUUGCGGGCUACGAUGACUCCACGAUUGAGAAGUUUAUCAUCAACGACAUUACUGGCACCGUGCUGCUUAGUCUUCAGAUUGACGAUCUCAAGGAGCUCGACAUCAUGUCCUUUGGAAAGCGUCGCCAGCUCAUCAACUCCAUCGACCAUCUACGCAACACAAUGCGGAAGACAACCCAACAGCAGGAAGGAUCUGGCCAUGAUUACUCUUCUAGUCCCCGUUCCAGUAAAGGGCGGUCUUACAGGGCAUCGGUAUCGCCUGCCGGAGAGGUACUAUCGCCUGCACGUUAUGAAGAUGGUGACAAGGUCACUCCUGGUGAACUCGUUUCGAUUGUCGGGAUCGAGCAGCUGCUUCCCAAACCUCACAGCUGCUCCAAGGGAGAAGACUGUCCCAAGUACCAGCGAAGACAGCGCCAAAUCGAGAAGGUCAUGGCUGAGAACCCGGGCGCCGUUGUCCUGCCCGGCGGCAUGAUGCUAACUGGCAACCCUGGCAACCCCGAAACGGCUCAGAACAUGUUGCGACCUCAAUCCGAUGCACAGCCCUCGGUUGUGGCAUCGUCGGACGUGUUUGGUCCUGCGCAGGAGGCACCCCAGCUGAGCGAGGAAGCUCUUAGUGAAGUCGAGAAGGAUGAUCCCAGGGAGAGAUUGCGCAAGUUCCUCUACUUCCAGCAUGUCAGUUCUCCCGACAAGCCGAGUCCUGAGCCUUUGGAAGAGCGGGAGCAGCAACAGCCGCUGUCGCCCAUGCAGGAUCAGACAACCUUGUCGUCCAUACCACCGGUUGAGCCAGCCUCAUUGUUGUCUCCUCCCAACUUUCGCAUUCCUCACGUUGCGGCCAACCUUCGCAACCUUCCUAAGCUGACCAUCCCGGCCGACUCCGAUUCAGAUGAGCUGACUACGGCGACUGCCACUGCGCUGCGCACCAUCACUCCAAACAUGGUGAACGUGUACGGCUCCCCGACUGCUACCCAGGAAUAUGGUCCGUUCAGCACCUACCGUCAUGGUACUCCAUUUUCCGAAAUGGACAUCCCUGUCACCGCCAUCCCCAACGGUCCUGUGGCUAGGGAGACCUCGCAAUCGGUGCCCCCAGACAUGCGGUACGGAGAUUUGUUCCUGCAAGCAUCGCAAGACCCUGUUAUGCGUUCCGCAUCCACCCGUCCCAAGAUGGCCCCUCCAUUGCGUCGGGUGCACGAAGGCCGGCCACUCACGCCCAUCGAGGCCCCAUCGGACCUUGAUCAUACUCCCCGUCUCCAGACACAGGCGGCAACCUCGUCGGCCAAUCCGGUGUUGGCUUCCGAUCCCGAUGUGACCCAUAGCGGAUGGAUGAAGAAACGCAAGACGACUCGUAUCCUCCGCCACGAAUGGCAAGAUGCCCACUUCACCCUGCGCGGCACCAACCUAGCCAUGCAUAAGGAGGAAGCCAACGCCCACCGAAACUCCAGAGCUCUUGACAACAUUGACGUUGAUGAUUACGCUGUCGCGUGCUCGUCACUAGCCACAAGCUCCAAGCUAACUGCGGCAUUUAAGAAGUCCAUCCUCCGCAGCGGCAACCAGACUGGAAACGACCAAGCUGCUUUUGCUUUCUCUUUGGUCCCAACACCCAAGGAGACCGAGAAAAAGACCCUAUUCCACAAUAACCUCCCAAAAAGCCACCAUUUUGCAGUCAAGAACCGUGAAGACCGUAUAGACUGGAUGCGCGAGCUGAUGCUCGCCAAAGCCCUCAAGAAGGGCCGUGACGGCGGGUCCGAAAUACAGGUCAAUGGUAACUUUAUUUGA